CUGGUCGGCAAGGUUAGACACUGUGUCGGCUUUAGUUACCAGGAAGUCGCUCGUGUUAUUUAUAUUUCAACACAGGUUUUGCGAGAACGGAGUGAGGGCGGACGCCGGUAAUACGAAACCCGAAAAUAUCAUCUCAUUCAGCAGCGCAGGAGGUUAGUGACCUCAGCGAGCCCUGUUUUACACGCCACUGAUGACCGGAAACGUUUCAUGCUUCCAAUCAUGGAUUCUGAUGGAUUCUGAUGGAUUAAGAAUGGAUCACAGGACAUAGGGCUUGGACACAAUUCCAGAGGGCGUUGUUAUGAAGAUCCAUGAGAAAAUCUUAACCCACUACCUUUCUUGUACUUCACCUGUGGAUAAAGAGGGAUAUCUUUAUAAAAAGAGAGAGCGCAACACGUCCUACCUGCGCCGCUGGUUCGUGUUGAAGGGGAACCUACUGUUCUACCAGGAGCGACCCGCCGACCGCAGCCUGCUGGGUGUAAUCGUCCUGGAGGGCUGUGAUGUCCAGCCUGACGAAGCGGAUGGCCAGCUCGCCUUCUCGCUAGUGUUCAAGGGACCAGGCCUGCGCAAGUACCACCUGGCGGCGGAGGACCACCUGAGUAAGGAUAGCUGGGUCUGCACACUGCUGUCCGCAAGUCACAGACACCUGGCGCUGCUCGUCAAAGACCUGGCCAGACUUUACGAAGAAACUAAACAGGAGAAAACUAACAGUAAGCAGUCCAACAUUGCGGGUGAUUCACAUGUGAAAGCCCCCACCAUCGCCAUGGCUUCCUUCAGUGCAGGACCCCCCUUCUUUAUACAGAGACCCAUCCCGUUACCCAGAGAAAAGAGGAGCUACAGCGCAAGCUCCGCCCUCCAAGCUCCGCCCAUGCCAGCUAAAACCUCUAACAAGAGAUCGCCCAAACUCUGGCCAAAGAGGAACGCCCAUGUUACGCCUCUAAAUGGCCCCGCCCGGCCUUGUGGGGAGUGGCCGUUAGUUAACUUCGAUCCAUUGGAGGAAUUCAGCAAGUUGCAUGAGUCUUAUGGAAAUGAGAUUAAGCAACUGAGGGCUGAUUGGCUGAGAAGAAAACUGAAGGAGGAGGUACAUGUUGAAGAGGACCUUAUUGAUCUAGGUUAAAAUAUUAGCUCGAAUGGCUUUUGGCCACUGACUUUUGUUACCUUCUUUUAUUUUACUUUAUUUGUAUCAUUUUUAUAAUUGACUGACUGGUACAUGUUCCCUUUCUCUUGCACAAAACGUUGUGUGUGCGACGACAGGAACCCCAGACGUGUAGAUGAAGGCCUCAUGGGAAUAGCAGAAGCAGUUGAGUUUCUGACACUGUUCUGCAACUGGUAGAGGACAGUCUCAGAGAGGUGGUUCACAUGCAGCCUUUUCUGGUGUAUUUUCUCUUCCUCUUCUGCAAGCCUCCAGACAUUUCACUUCUUUAUUUGUGUUAUCAGAAUCGCACGGCACUGAUAUUAGCAACGAAACUUUUCAACCUAUAAGAAGUAUCCUCCCAUCCUCCCAUCCCCCAUCAACGCCUGAGUGAGGGUUUGUUGACUAGCAAUCAUGAAUAUGUAAACAUAUGAAACCUUCUGUUUGUAUGAUUCUUAAUUGCUUUUGAAGUUUGUGUUGAACGUGAGAGGGUCAAUAAACAGACAUAUAAAGAAAGUUUGUAUACUAAGUGGCUAGACCCGGAUUUGCUAUUAUUGCUUGGACAGAGGAACUAUUUGUCUCUCUGGUAGGAAGUAAUAAGAGUGGUCAGCUCACAAUGUCUUAUUAACAACACAGAAGAACAACAGAAUUGCCUCUGUAUGUGGGGUGUACUCCACCGUACUCCAGCGUACUCCAGCAUACUCCGGUAUACUUCAGUAUACUCCAGCAUACUGUGUAGUCCAUUGGCAGCUAAAAUACCUCACAGGAGUUCAUGAACCGACCAGAAACUGUACUCCUACAACCUAAUGGAAAUCACCAUUACUAUGUAAUUAGAUUUCUCUUUUUUGUCAGACUAUUGUGUAUUGUAGAAAAUGGAUGUUUAUUUUUAUUUGAAAGGUGAAGUUUUAGAAUUGUACAGGUUACUGUAUCUUACUCAUGUUUGUCUGCUAUUGCAA